AUGCAGUUUCCUCAACUCUUUAUCAUUAUAGCGACUGUCUUCGCUGCCGCUGUGCAAGCUAAAUGCACUCCCCCAGUUAACGGAGCAUGUCCAUUGCCGCCGGGUACUCCGAUACUAGCUUGCACAGUCAACGGUGUGGUUACCUCUUUUGUACAGAGUCCGGCUAUAUAA